AUGAAUGACAUUAAACUGGCCCUGCUGGGCAGUAAGGGAGCUGGCAAAUCAGCUGUUUUGGUGAGAUUCCUGACCAAACGUUUCAUAGGAGAAUAUGCGUCCAAUGCAAACUCAUUAUACUGUAAAAGGCUCUCCAUUGAUGGUAGACAGCUGAACCUAGAAGUCUUAGAUCCGUGCUCACAGAAUGGGGACAGCCAAGACACCCUGGAGGAACAGUUGAACUGGGCAGAUGGAUUUGUGGUGGUGUACACUAUUAGUGACCGCAUGACAUUCCUUAGUGCCAAAAGCAUUCUACAUCAGAUCAAAGAGAGUCGUAGGGAGACCUGCAAAGGUGAUAUGGAGGUACCCAUCUGCCUGGUGGGGAAUAAACAGGACCUGUGCCAUAGUCGACAGGUGAGUGAGGAAGAGGGUCGAUCUCUAGCCCUGGAGCACAAGUGCACUUUCCAAGAAGUGUCUGCUGCAGAGAACUACCUGGACAUUGCAAAUCUCUUCACCAGACUGAUAAGUCACAUGAUGGAACAAAUGAAGCACAGAUCUGACCGCCGGCGUUAUAGCGGCUCCAAAUCCAUGGCCAAGCUAAUCAACAAUGUGUUUGGCAAGAGGAGAAAGUCUGUCUAAGUAUUAAUUUAAAAUAAUGGAAUAAUAUCAUGUAAGCUAAGCUGUCCUUGCUUUAGUACUUUGGCAAACUGUCUUGAACUUAAUGGUUUCUGAAUGUGUCUGUAUGUAUAAAUGACAAUAAUCAUAAUUAUCCUGAUUGCUAAAGGGAACCAGUCAGUAGUAUUCCAAUGAUAAAAGGCCUUAAUAAGAGAUGCUAAAUUGUUACCAUUACAAUCCUCUACGAAUUUGUGAAUGUCUUCUGCAUACUGCUAUGUAAACAAAUUUAACCAAUAUCAUGUUGGUUUCUGUGUAAUAUCAUAUACAAACCCAAUUUCCAGAAAAGU